CAGUGCGCUAGUGGUGUUGGGGCGCGGAACAUUUCAAAGUGUGAACAUUCAGGAUGGACCCCUACCUGGGCUUAGCCCAAAGUAAGUCCAAGCCCCGUAGUAUGCUAGAUGCGUUCUCAAAUCGUACGUUGACAGUGAAAAAGAGACCAACACGUCCUGCGCCAAAUUCUAGACCAGUAUCAACUACGUCGAUUGUGAUAGAUUCCACCGACCAGCUCCGUUAUCUACAGGGAGAGCACUGCUCGUUACUGGAUAAGCACAAAAAGCUAGAAGAGAGUUACUCGUUGCUAGAGGAGCGUUUCAACAGACUGAAAUCGGAACACGAAACACUGCAGGGCGCAUACGAAGAGUUGCAGGAAAGCUACAACAGCGUGUCGCAGAAAAACUUCAACGCCGGCAAACUUUUGGUGUACUUAAAGCUGAAGCGACGAACGGACAAGGAAACACUGGAGAAGCGUAACAUAAUCAAAAAUGAAGCUUGCUUCAACACCUUUCUUGACGACGUCGUAAUGACCGAUCAUCCCCGGAUACCGAAGGUAAUCUUCGAGUGCGUCGGCAUGCUAGAGUCGAACGAAAGGUUUCUGAAGGUGCCUGGCCUCUAUCGGGUAUCGGGUGACUACAAUGUGAUACAGAACCUGCGCUACGAUAUCAACGCGAACAACUACAAGAAGCUGCGCAAACUUAAAUCCCCGCACGAAGUGUGUGGCAUCAUAAAAUUGUUCUUGCGCGAGUUGAAGGACCCGCUGAUACCGUUGCAGAUUUGUUCGGAGAUCAUUCCGACAGCAGCCGUGCUCAAGAGCAACAAACGGGCGAAAGUAUUACAGCUUGUCAACGCCCUCGAUGAAGUUAGACGACAAACGCUUAAAUUUCUCAUGAAGCAUCUGCGCAACGUGGCGGCUAUCAAGGAGAACGAAAUGGACAGUUUCAGUCUGGCGCUUUUGAUGAGCUCGUGCAUCUUCAACGAAACGUUGGCCGACGUGUGUCCGGUGAAGUUUGAAAAGUUAACCGUCAUACCGCGCGAAUGUAUUAUCGUCAUGAUAGAAGAGUACGAGCUCAUAUUUGAGUAGAAAAAAAGCAUGUGGCCCUUACUUUGUUGGGAUGCUCACGGUACGGUCCCGCAUAGUGUAUAGUUUAAGUGCUUCGCUUUGUUCUUAAUAUCUUUCUAAGCGUGAAAAGUGUCAAAAGGGAGAAGUUAAACUUUUGUAAUAAGUUGGGCAAAAAUGUGACACAAUAAAGAUUAAGU